AUGGCGGGGGGCCGGAGGGGACUUGUGGCCCCUCAGAAUACUUUUUUGGAGAAUAUUGUGAGACGGUCGAACGACACCAACUUUGUCCUGGGAAACGCGCAGAUAGUGGACUGGCCCAUCGUCUACAGCAACGAUGGUUUCUGCAAGUUGUCGGGGUACCACCGAGCCGAGGUGAUGCAGAAGAGCAGCACCUGCAGCUUCAUGUACGGGGAGCUCACAGACAAGGACACGACGGAAAAAGUGCGACUAACGUUCGAGAAUUAUGAGAUGAACUCGUUUGAAAUACUGAUGUACAAGAAGAACAGGACGCCUGUUUGGUUUUUUGUGAAGAUCGCUCCCAUUCGAAACGAACAAGAGAAAGUGGUGCUGUUUCUGUGCACGUUCAGCGACAUCACAGCCUUCAAGCAGCCCAUCGAAGACGACUCGUCCAAAGGCUGGGGAAAGUUUGCUCGACUGACUCGAGCUCUAACAAGCAGCAGAGGAGUCUUACAGCAGCUGCAGCCCACAGUUCACAAAGGAGAGAAUGUCCACAAGCACUCCCGGCUGGCUGAGGUUCUGCAGCUCGGCUCAGACAUCCUACCUCAGUACAAGCAGGAGACUCCCAAAACCCCUCCUCACAUCAUCCUGCACUACUGCCUCUUCAAGACCACGUGGGACUGGGUCAUCCUCAUCCUCACCUUCUACACGGCCAUCAUGGUGCCCUACAACGUGUCCUUCAAGACGAAGCAGAACAACGUGACGUGGCUGGUGGUGGACAGCAUCGUGGACGUCAUCUUCUUGGUGGACAUCGUCCUGAACUUCCACACCACGUUCGUGGGACCCGCCGGCGAGGUCAUCUCGGACCCCAAACUGAUUCGAAUGAACUACCUGAAGACCUGGUUUGUUAUCGACCUGCUGUCCUGCCUGCCGUACGACGUCAUCAACGCCUUCGAGAACGUCGACGAGGGCAUCAGCAGUCUGUUCAGCUCGCUCAAGGUGGUCCGGCUUCUCCGUCUGGGCCGGGUCGCCCGCAAACUGGACCACUACAUCGAGUACGGGGCGGCUGUUCUGGUGCUGCUGGUGUGUGUUUUCGGACUGGCCGCUCACUGGCUCGCCUGCAUUUGGUACAGUAUUGGGGAUUAUGAGGUUAUCGACGAGGAAACCAACAUCGUGCGGACGGACAGCUGGCUCUACAUCCUGGCUGAGACCGUGGGAACGCCGUACCGCUUCAACGCCAGCGGUUCAGGGAAGUGGGAGGGCGGCCCGAACAAGGACUCGGUCUACAUCACCUCCUUGUACUUCACCAUGACCAGCCUGACCAGCAUCGGCUUCGGCAACAUCGCCCCCACCACGGACGGGGAGAAAAUCUUCGCCGUGGCCAUGAUGAUGAUUGGAUCUCUUCUUUACGCCACCAUCUUUGGUAACGUGACAACGAUCUUCCAGCAGAUGUACGCCAACACGAAUCGUUACCACGAGAUGCUGAACAGCGUCCGGGACUUCCUGAAGCUCUACCAGGUGCCCAAAGGUUUGAGCGAAAGAGUCAUGGACUACAUCGCCUCCACCUGGUCCAUGUCGCGGGGUAUAGACACCGAAAAGGUGCUGCAGAUUUGCCCGAAGGACAUGAGAGCAGACAUUUGCGUUCAUCUCAACCGCAAGGUUUUCAAGGAGCACCCGGCUUUCCGGCUGGCCAGCGACGGGUGCCUCCGGGCGCUGGCCAUGGAGUUCCAGACCAUCCACUGCGCUCCGGGCGACCUCAUCUACCACGCCGGCGAGAGCGUGGACAGCCUCUGUUUCGUGGUGUCGGGAUCGCUGGAGGUCAUUCAGGACGACGAGGUGGUGGCCAUUUUGGGUAAGGGAGAUGUGUUUGGGGAUGUUUUCUGGAAGGAGGUGACGUUGGCUCAGGCCUGCGCCAACGUCCGAAUCGUCUUCCGAAAGAUCAGCGAUGUCAAACGGGAGGAAGAGGAGCGACAGAGGCGUAAAAACGAAGCCCCUCUGAACCUGCCGCCAGAUCACCCGGUUCGUAAACUCUUCCAGCGCUUCCGACAGCAGAAGGAGGCCCGUCUGGCCAAACCAGAACUGGACGAGCAGGACAUCGAGAAGGGCCCCGUCUACGUGGACGUCCCGCUGGCUAAAGCGGCCAUCACAACCACCAGCAUCGUCACGGUAACAGAAAGCCCAGCGACGCCCUCUUCUUCGACGCCUUCGUCUUCAACGCCUCCGAACUGCAGCCCCUCGGACAAGGCCAAGCUGCAGGUGCCGUCGCCCAUCUCUCUGGUGGGAGGCCGAGCUGCUGAACCGGCCAAAGUGAAAGGCUGGGGCCGCUUCAAGGAGUCCAUGGCCAAAGCCGACAACUGGAACAAAGUGUCCAAAGCCGAAUCCAUGGAGACUUUACCCGAACGGACCAAGGUGCACGAAUCGCAGAUGUCUCUAAAGAAGACGGACUCGUGCGACAGCGGCAUCACCAAAAGUGACCUGCGUCUGGACAAAGUGGGCGACUUCCGGCUGACGCCUCAGGACCGCAGUCCGGCCCAGCCGCCAGAGACCAGGCACGUCUUCUACCCCAUCCCCGAGCAGACGCUGCAGGCCUCGCUGCAGGAGCUCAAGCUGGAGCUGAAGGACGACCUCAAGAACCUGAACAAUCGCAUGUCCGGCCUGGAGGCGCAGCUCACCGAAGCGCUUCAACUCCUCAAAGCCAGGAAGUCGAGCGUCGGCUCCCCGCAGCCUCUCUUUGACAUUUCUAGACCUGCUUCACCGGAAGUGGACAAAGAGGACAUCUUCUCUUGA